UCCUCGUUGUCGCUAUCUCUGCGACUGCGAGGAUAUUCGCAUAUGUUCGUAGGUAUACAAAAGUCUUUUGGUGAUUCAAAAUCAACGAGUAGUUGUGUGUGCGUUCGUUUAAGACCAUCCCUAACAUCGAGGUUCUUUUCCUUGGCAGCGAGUUGAUUAUUCAAGAUGACCACUGAUCAAAGACAUGAGAGAAAUAAUCCCGAUGAGAGCUACGGAGAUUGUUAUGUGUACCUGUAUGAUGUACCAAGCUUGCAAGAAAUAGCGUCUCAUGAAGUAGUUCGAGAAAUAUGGCACAUCAAUCUAUCAACAUAUCAUCCUAUGAAAGAUAAAGAAACGAAUGUCAUCCCUUGUAGUGAAUUCCUCGAGUACUGUGACGAAUAUGGAUGCCAACAACAGCAGGCAAAAGAGAUGAUAAUGUAUUUGAAAGUUCCUCAUUGUGUUGAGGAAAUGCUCAAAAAUUCCCUCAAAGCGUUUUGUGCACAGAUUAGACAUUGGGUUGGGCAUCUUCUGCGAAUAGUAUUUCGCCACGUAUAUCUGAGGGGAAGCCACGAAAUUCAGGGCAUUGAUCCAAAAUGGUGUAUUUGGUCAAUAUAUGAUGAAAUAGACUACGAGAAAAGCGCGAGAAAAAUUCUAGAGAUCGGCAGUUUGACUAAUUUGCAGAAAUUUCUCAUCAUGUGCGAAUAUUGCAUGGAAGAUGAGAUCAAAAAGUUUUCGUUGGACUUGUUGCCAUCUGAAUUCAUCGAGAAAGUGGACUUCUACACUCAUCGUUCCAAUUUCUAUUGGAUUUGUUUCCUUAAAAAUGAACUUCACAGAAUGCCAGUUGAAAAUCCUCUUUUUGCAGAUCUCAGCGAGCAUCAGAUGAUAUAUUCUAAUGGUGUGUCCGGGAAUACAUUUUUCUGGUAUCGCUUAAGUAACGAUGAUCAAGUACAAAUAGCAACUGAUUGGAUUCGUAAAGGACUGGUGAGGGACUUCACUUUUUUAAAACAAAUCCUUUCGGUAAUGUCGUGGUAUCAGCAACAACGUUUAUUGUCUGAAUUGUCCGACAUGUCUGACAAAAUCAUUAUUCGUUUUGCUGUGCGUUCAUCGCGAAUUGCACUCUGGAUGUGGAAAUACUUCAAAGAUGAGAUGGCUGUAGAACAAUUUCGCAAGUUCUUUUGUGAUCUGAUAUGCAGUGGAACAUCAACGUCUACAUUGCUUGAGAUUUGGAAAACCGCUUCUGAUCAACAGAGAAAUUAUUUCAAUUUGAACAUGUCCGAAGAGUUCAUUUAUAGUUACAUUCAAGCUAAAGUUUUCAUGUUUGGUUCAUUGGAGGCUGGAAUUUUGAGAACGAGAAGAAACUUGAUGUUGCAAAAACCGACCCAAGAUGUUAUGCCAUGGCACAAUCCGUAUUUGCUGAACAACAUAGUGGAUGGUCGUUCACCAUGUUCUGAAGACCAAUUGACGUUUAUGAAAUUAGCUAUUGAUUCUUUCAGAUUUGUAAGACAUUUAAAACGUAUAUUUUAUCAACGAAAUCUUGAAAUGUUUGACAACGAAUUGAAAGCUUACUUUUUGCAAGAUGUUAAUGCUGCCCGCGAGUACAAACAAUUAUUCCUAUUUCAGGUAGACAGGAGUUUUAUUGAUGAACUGCGCCUAAUUACAAAUGUAAAUUUGUGGGACGAAUUUUGUAAUUUUAUUGAGGAAGCUUUCGAAAAUGAUGAAGCAGGAGCAUUGAAAGUGAAACGAAGAUUCAUAUCUAGUAUAGCCUUUUUUACUCUCUGGAGUAGACUAAUCGAUCCACAAUGUUACUUUGAUCUCCGUCGUGGUUUUGAUGAUUUAACGAAUAUCGUUGAAACGGUGUUUGGAAACAAGACACUGAUCGUCAUAAAACAUGAUUUUUCUAUUUUUUUUCGUGAUUUAAAGAUGUUAUGCUCUUUCGUGAAUUUUGAUGAAAAGUUCAACUCGAAGUUUGAGCUGUGGAGUUCAGUGGUUUGGGACGAUGAAGUAAAUGAUUGCGAUAGUGAUUCAAAUGUACAUGUUUUCAGUGAUGGUGACGAUGAGGAUACUGAUGAUGAGGAUGAAGAUGGAGAGGUUAGGGUUUUGGGCGAAAACGAAAAUAACGAGAUUUUGAAUGAAGACGAAAUGUGUAUGAAGAGGAUAGGAGUUUGGGUAAAAAUGAAAAUGACAGGAUUUUGGACGAAGACGAAAAUACUGAAUGUGGCGGGACUGAUAUCGAUGUAUUUAAUUUUUAAAUAUCUACGUAGGUAGGUAUACUGGUUAGUAAUAAGUAUGCUUUGUAAUCUGAAAUUAUUAAGAUUAUACUUCAAAUAAUCAUGAAAUUAUAAAUAAGGAUUUAUAUUCUUUCAAUUUACGUACUAUAGGUAAUUACAAUUACCUAUCUAGGAUCGAUCAUAAAUGAAGAAUUUUCUAUUCUAAUAAAUAUGUGAUAAGUACGACUAUAAUUUUCAAUAUGUAAUACCUGCUGUGCUGUACAUUUUAUAAUAUGAUAAUCGGAAAUCCUCUAGAUUAGUUUUUCUAUCAAGAAUAAAAUAAGAAUUGAACAUUUCGAUUGAUGUAAGCAAUAGUAAGCAUAAGUGUGAUUAAUUAUUAGACUAUCAGUUUUCAUCAAUUUUUUUCUUUAAAUGAGUUUUUCUCAAAAUCUUGUUUUUCAAUCCUUCAACUUCAAGAAAUGAAAAAAGGUGGGAAAAAAUGAGCUAGGAGGCUGGGAUUGGUCUCAUUCGACUCGGUAUGAUGUCUAGUUUUCAAAAUGAAAAAUCCGACUUGUGGUCCCUUUUGUCAGAACAGGUCACAUAGGUUUAGAUAGGGAAUUGCUGGGGAAACGAAUUUUAUUCCACUUAUAGAGGUUUUUCACUUACAUGAGUUCCACUUAUCCAAGUUUGACUGUAUUUGGGAAUUACGUGCUGCAUUUUUCUUUCGACAUGUAAGAAAAACGGGGAUUUGGUAUUUUUUUUCAUGAGGUCUCACAAAAUCGUCACUUAGAAAAAAUGGAACUUUGGAAAUAACUUAUCCUUUACAAUGUAUACUUACAGAACUCUGAACACAGUUUCUCUGUAAUUUUAGCUUCUUCCCUCCCUCCCCCCUCCCUCCUCGUUCUCCUCAUAAGAGCUACAAUUCGAAAAAACCACAACGAAAAAUUUUCUCAUCUAGAAAUUAUAUACGAUAUGUACCUCUACUGUACCUUACUCCAGAAUCUCUCAAUACGGAUUGUAAUUAUGCUAAACACGCCCUUUUUGAAAGAAGUUUCAAAAGUAAAUAGUCGUGGAGUUCCGUGGGAGAUCUGAAAACAACUCGCUGCAACAGGCUCGAGGUCUCAUUUUUUCUAACGUCUAGAUAGAUCUAUCCCUGACAGUAGCUCCUAACAAAGAGCAUUUGGAAGUGUAACGGGUUUUGCAGUUAGAGCUGAAACAUGGUCUACGUUAUUUCCAAGAUGUAGUCAGAACCGCCCAUUUUUGACCAAGAAGCAUUUCUUCUCUAUUUUGCGUGUACCAGGCAAAAAUUUAUCAACUGUCGAAAUUUCAAGUGCUAAAGUGCUUUUUACGAUUUUUGGCGAAUUUUUGAAAAUCAAAUUUAUUAGGCCGAAAUGAGGGAAAGAAUCAAAAUUUUACCAAAUUAACCUAGAAAGUUGAAAUUUGGGAUAUACCCUAUUUUCGACCUGCCGAAUCGACUGGAAACUGUUUCAAACCGUUUUGAGCAGUUCUGGAGCCUCUAGUAGAUUUUUGAAAAUUGAAAUUUCCACAAAAUUUCAUAAAAUGGAGUUGGAAAGCCGAAAUUAAUUCUGCAAACUGAUUUCAAUACUCUGUGAAGUCAACUGCAGGUAAAUUUCAAGUCGUU